UAUCAGCCUUUUAAACCGUCAUGGCGGCAAGAUUAGUUCAGAAUAUUUUUGAUGACUAUCUCAGCUGCCCUAUUUGUUUUAUGAAGUUCAGUGAACCGCGCAAACUACCCUGCGACCAUACAUUUUGUACCGACUGCAUACAGAAACAUAUAGACAAUUCUCUACGUCAAAGAUCUGAUUUCCUUUAUUUUAACUGUCCACUGUGUAGAACUGAGAUCUCUCAACCAAGACGAACUGUCGAUGUUAAUUGUUGGGCGACAUAUUUUCCUGUGGACAACUUGAUACAAGAUUUACUGGGUACGCUAUCAAUCCACGAACGACAACUAACUUCUCAACAAGGCUCAUCAGAAAAACAAAGUUUGCAUAACAAGUGCAAAGUUCAUCUUAAAAACGAUCUUGACGUAUUUUGUUUACACCACCUAUCGUUGAUAUGUAGCAAAUGUGCAAAGAUUGAUCAUAGUUCACGGAAAUGUGAAAUUUUUAAUUUCGAGGAAGCCCACAAAAAGGUAAAACCUAGAGUGGAGGACUUACGAAAGCAACUAUACAAACAGGCGUUAAAAGUGCGAACUUGUGGACAGGUAGACGAAGAAUUCCACAGACAGCGAACUAAAGCCUUAAAAGACGUAGACAAUUUAGAGGACAUCCUAGAAAAAUUCCACGAAAGAUGUGCUCAGCAGUUAGCUAUACAAAGAAGAGAUAUCGAGAAAUUAAAUAGGGAACAUAUUGAGGAGAGGAAAGAUUUUUAUUCUCUUGCUGUUAGUCUCCUAGAAACUGAGAAUAAAGUUGAAAAUUUAUAUGAAACUGCCGACAAGAAGGUAGUUCUAAGCGAACUAUCAUUUAUAACGAAGCAGGUCGAGGAAAAUGAUGACGUUUUAAGGCGACUUUCAUCUACCGUUUCGAUUAGUAACGUUUCUUUUACGAUAAAUAAGGAGUUGCAUGGAUUUUUAAAUAGUUUUACUGUAGUCGGUUUUGUUGACGAAUCGUCAUCAAGUUCUAUUUUGGACGACUUCAAACUACAUCCCGACCAGCCAAAACUCCCUUCUUCUUUAAAAGGUAUUUUAAAUCGAAGAGAAAGUGGACAAGCGAUGGGACAAACGGGUGGAAAGCUGACGACGAAAUUAAAAUUUUCUGGAAAAUUACCCCAGGAAGAAAGAUGUUGGUUGAUUAAAAUACUCGCGCUACCGGAUUCUAGUAUAUGUGUACUCGACAAAGAAAAUGCCAGUCUGAAAAGAUUCAGUAGCAGAGGAGAGCAUAUUACAAAACUGAGUCUAGUAGACAUACCCUACUCUAUGGCUUUGCUCAAACCAAGCAACGAGAUUGUAAUCACCAAACCUGAGAAAGAAAUUCUCGAAUUCGUUACCACUGACUCGAAUCAUCUUUCAGUGCGAAAAUAUAUACAUACACACAAGAAAUACUUCGGAAUUUGUCAAGUUAGCGCACAGGCUAUGGCGGUAUCUUCGUGGUCACAGCGCUGUGUAGAUAUUAUAGAUGAGCAUGGACUUGUACUUACCACGAUAAGCGAAGAUUUUGAAAUUCCCGACAUGCUUUGUUGUAACGGAAAUGCCGAAAUAACUGUUAUUGACAAGGGAAACCGACUCGUUUGUUUUCAACAAACAGGUCAGAUGAAGUGGGUUGCAAGAUGUGAUUAUAUUAUGAACAAUUUGACAGUUUUGGAAAAUGGACAAAUUUAUAUCUGUUGCAAGGAUGCUAAGAAAAUAUGCAGCGUAAAUAGUAAUUCCCCAGAAAAGAAGACUAUUUUGGCACAUGAUAUUGAGGAUCGAAAGCCGUUAGAUAUUUGUAAUGAAAAUUCCCAAAUAUUAAUUGUACUUGAAAACGGAGAUAUAGAAAUUAUGGUAUGACAAGGUAAUUGAAACCCCAAUAGUCUUUUUACACGAAUUACCAAGAGCCAUAUUGGUGCUAUGCACAUUAUUUUGAAAAGAUUCUGAUUGAAAAAUAUUUUGAUAGACCAUUUGGAAUAGCAAAGUCAUUUCUAUACAUAGAAGACAUUUCAUGUACAGUUUUGUAUGUAACCCAAAAUUCAUAAAGAUUAUGUUCAUAUUAUAUAUAUGCACGUCUUAAGUUUUUUUAUGAAAAGAAGGUGUGGAAAAGUAAUUUCAAUGUCCAACCAUCAUUUUGCUACCAUUGGUAUAAAAACUAUACAUUUAAGAAAGUCCUUAUCUUGUCAAAAUAUAGAAAUCUAUCAGCUAACGAAAAUAAUUCACCACUCCCUCAAAACGUGCCAUUUUUGACAGAAAAAGUUGUCAGAAAAAAACUAUGUACAGCUUUUCAAUUGCAUUAAUUAGAUAUAAAAUUAUUCAAGUUUAUUUACUCAAGAAAAAGAUGCACAGAGACAAAGUGCUUAAGUGAUGCCAGAAUAUGUAAUAAGAGUGCACACUAAUAAACACAACAAAUAUUGAGAUUUACCUUGUUUAUUGAAAGGAAUUAAUGAGUCAGAAUAGCAUAUUUGUGUUCCUCGACAUCAUAUUAUUAUUAGCAGAAAUUGGAUGUGUAUAUUCAUUUAAUAUAGACAGCUUUUCGUUUCUUUGUUUAGUACCAUUUUUUUACAUUAAAAUUCAUUUAUGUUAA